UCAGACCAUAGAAAAAUUUCACAACCAUGCAGACAGAGAGGACAGCGUUAAUGAAGUAAUCUCUCCUGACACCAGUGUAUCAAUCUUCAGUUGGCAAGUGAAUACCUAUGGUCAAGAAAAACCAUCUGUUCAUUUGGGAGUGUUUGACAUCAAUCGCUGGUAUCACGCCCAAAUGCCAGACUCACUGAGGCCAGAAGAAUUGCUUCAUGAUUGCCCCUAUUUUGCACUGUGGUCACUGGAUCCUGUAAUAAGCAUGACUUCUCCAAACCUCAUUUUGGAUAUUCUGGUACACGAGCGUAGUCUAAGUCGGGGGGUUCCUCCUUCUUAUCCACCACCUGAACAGUUUUUUAAUCCAAGCACCUAUAAUUUUGAUGUGACGUGCUUGCUCAACUCGGGAGUUGUUCACAUGACUUGCACGGGCUUCCAGAAGGAGACCCUGAAGUUUUUGAAGAAAUCUGGUCCUUUAAUAAGUGAAGCCAUUCGUGACAGCUACACUCGGUGUCUUGUCGCUGGCUUGCUGUCUCCAAGACUGGUUGAUGUCCAGCCAUCCAGUCUGAGUCAGGAGGAGCAGUUAGAAGCAGUGUUGUCAGCUGCUGUGCAAACUGGUUCUUUAGAACUUCUGACGGGAUGCAUUAAACACUGGACUUGUGAAGAGCAGCCAAGUUCUGCUGUAAAUUUACGGUUUGUUCUGGAGUGGACGUGGAACAAAGUGAUCUGUACAAAAGAUGAACUGGACCAAAUAUGUGUUCCGCUGUUUGACGGCUCCUGCAACUUCAUUGACCCACAGACAUUACAGUCCCUUCAGCACUGCCAGCUGCUGCUGAGCAACCUCAGCACAGUCCUGAACUGUUUUCUAACAGAAGCCCGAGAGCUGACUGAGAAAGGUUUUUCAGACUUGACAAAUAAGCAGAUGGUAACCAGCCUCAUUUCUUUGUAUGCACAAGUGGUGAUCUGGUUCUGUCGGUCCAAUCUCCUUCCCGAGAGUUUAGAGGAUCACGUCCAUUUGUCCAGACCUUUCUAUGAUUACCCUUUGAUUCAGAGCUACUAUACAGGUCACCGAGAGAAACUCGAGCGCUUAUCAAGAGGCAAAUGGGAUUCUGAUUGCUUGCUGAUUGAUGGAAUGGUUUCCCAGUUGGGAGAGGAAGUGGAGAAGUUGUGGCAGAGGGAUGAAGGCGGCACUGGGAAAUACCCACCUGUUAGUUUACAUGCACUGCUGGAUCUCUAUUUGCUAGAAAGCAUUGAAGAGAGCGACAAACAUGCAAUUACAAUUUACUUGCUGCUGGAUAUUAUGCAUUCCUCUCCAAAUAAAACAGAGACUUCAAUUGACUCCUUUCCAACUGCCUUUGCUAUCCCUUGGGGUCUUGUUAAGCUGAUUCAAGGCUUUUGGCUCCUAGAUCACAAUGAUUAUGAAAAUUCCCUGGCCCUGCUCUUCCAUCCAGCUACAAUCAAGACUGUGUCAUGGCAACACAUGAGGAUAAUUCAGUCCCUCAUGUGCCAGGGGGAGCACAGGAGAGCCCUCAGGUACAUGCAGAUGAUGAAGCCGUCGAUGUCCAGCAGCAGUGAAGUGCGGCUCUUCCUCACCGUGUUGCUGUCCAAUAGGUGCAUGGUGGAGGCUUGGGGUCUGUUGCAGCAGCACACCACCAAGUUAAACAUAGAAGAGCUGCUCAAGCACAUGUAUGAAAUCUGUCAGGAGAUGGGGCUGAUGGAGGAUUUGCUGAAGCUGCCCUUCACAGACACAGAAAAAGAGUGUUUGGAGAAGUUUUUACAGACCAAAGCUGGUGUUCAGAAUCAUGAAUUCCUCUUGGUCCACCAUCUGCAGCGUGCCAACUACAUCCCAGCACUCCAGCUGAAUCAGUCCAUGAAGGCCAAUCUGACAAAUGAUCGUGAUCCUCGCUUGAGAGAGAGAGCAGUUACCAGAAAUUCUCUGUUAGACCACUAUAUCAAGAUCCUCCCCACAGUUCAGAGGAAGCUGGCAGUAGAGAGAGCCAAGCCGUACCGUUUGCCUUCAUCGGUCCUAAGAGAAGGUAAUUUUAGAGAAGGGAAAUAGGAUGUGCAGCCAGGCACCACUUGG